GAACAUUUUACAGCAAAUCCAUUGCGAUGCAGGAAUUAAAAGACCACGUGACCUUCCACAGCGCUUACGAGCCUCUGAGACCCUUGAGCUCUCAUUGGGUGUGUGGCUUGCCAGAUGAUUAUUUCCCAACCAAUGAGCUUAGAGCUCUUGAGGCCAGAGGCCAGCCUUUUGUACCUUGGAGUUUCCGCUAACCACCAAGGCAUAUCCGGGGAUGGUCUCAUCUCCACAGAAGUUUCUUGUCCUUCCUGCGCAGACUCAGACUGUCGUUGCCCAGAAGACUUCCUUUAGGUGUGAGGCCACCACCUCUGCACUUCCCAGAAUUCCCUGUGCCUACACCCUGCUACAAAAUCCCCAGUGCUCGUCUGGAGAAGUGUGCUGCCGUCCUGUGAGCUGCUGCCACUGCUGUUGGCUUCAGCUUUAGUGCAGUUUCGCACAACUCCUGGCCUCCGGGUGUCCCUUGCGACAUGGCCUACAUCAACUGUCAAGACUGGGCUGUAGGUGACUUGUGCCGCAGAGCUGCUAGCGAUGGAGACUUGGACUUGAGGGAAGAAUUCCUCAUAGUAGCUCUGUUGUCUCUCGAGUGGCUUCUAUUUGUGGGAAUCCUUGGCUUCCUGACUUUCCAGAUAAUUUUGCAAACCAUUUGGAAAAAUGAGGAGGAGGAUCAGGAGGUGGCUGACAUCACCAUAUUGCAGAAACCUCCACCCUACAAUGAAGAGCAGCAGAAUGUGUAUGAAGAAGAGGAUGGAUUUGAGUUCGAUUUCGGUGAGGAUUUUUAUGAGGACUUGGACUUCAAGGAGUACUCGAAUGAAGAGGACAGUGAGGAGGAAGAUGAUGACGAUUCAGGAACUUCAAGUGUCUGUUCAACCAUUGAUAGAUUCCUACAUGAUGAAGUUAAGUAUAAACUGUCUUAUUAUUUUCGUCACCUUGGUGUUCUGGAGCCACAAUCAGCGGUCACUGGUGAACCAACUGCCUAUGAAUAUGAAACAUCAGAUGAGUCAUUUGAAGGAAAUGCAGAUGAGGAGCAAUGGGGAGAGGACGAAAGUGGAAACUUUGAAGAAGAGCCUUACAAGGACAGGGUUUUGCCAGAAUGGUACUUCCCUGAGGAACGCAGUUGCAAAGCCUAGAAGAAAAGAACGUGUGGAGAAAGGGGAAAGUUAAGUUUCUGGCGUUUGGUCUAGCCCCAAAAUUUGACUUUGUUCUACAGUUCAUCGCAGAAAAAAUGCCAUCCUCUGACAUCUGACUUUACACUAACUUUUCAUGGAUGCUUAUGGCUACCUUUG